AUGAAACGCAGUUCAGUUCUACUUUUGCUGUUCCUUCUGGGGAUGUGCUCGGCUUACACCUAUCAAAAUGUGGCCUUGCGAGGAAAAGCAACCCAGUCGAAGCGUCAUGCGGACUUGUAUGGUUUUGCCCACAAUGCUAUUGAUGGAAACCAUGAAUCUGACUACUAUGCCGGUUCAUGCACCCGGACUGAUGAACAGACCAACCCCUGGUGGAGAGUGGACCUGCUGGAGUCCUACAUCGUUACCUCCAUCAUCAUCACCAACAGAAGAGACUGCUGUGCAGGAAGGCUCAACGGGGCAAAGAUUCACGUCGGCAACUCUUUACAAGACAAUGGUGCUGCAAACCCAGUGGUUGGUGUAAUUUCACAUAUCCCAGCAGGCAGGCUUUUAAAAUUGACUUUUACCAGUCUUGUGGAGGGACGAUAUGUGACUGUGGUUCUACCUGGUUCAAAAAAAGUCCUUACACUCUGCGAAGUGGAAGUCUACGGGUACCGGGCCCCAACUGGAGAGAACCUGGCAGUCCAAGGUAAAGCCUCACAGUCAUCACUGUAUUCUACAUUAAUUGCAUAUAAUGCUAUAGAUGGGAACCGGGACAGCGUCCGGAAUUCAUGCAGUUGCACAGACAACGACUUUAACCCCUGGUGGCGACUGGACCUGGGCAAAACCCACAAAGUUUUUUCUGUUAAAAUAACCAACCGAGAUUCUUACUCUAACCGACUCAAUGGAGCUGAGAUCCGAAUUGGAGAUUCUCUUGAAAAAAAUGGCAACAACAAUCCCAGGUGUACUGUGAUCUCAAGCAUCCCUGGAGGUUCCACCGAAACCUUCCAGUGUAACGGGAUGGACGGUCGCUACGUUAACAUCGUUAUUCCUGGAAGAAGCGAGUACCUGACCCUGUGUGAGGUGGAGGUCUACGGCUCCAGACUGGAUUAGGUCUGAGGAGGUUCAAAAUGUAUAACUAUAACAUUUUACAUUGCAGAUGUUCAGCUGAUGCUCUUGUACAGACUUGUGUUGCAAUCAUAGAUUAAGAUUAAUUUGCUAUCUAAAUUUAAAAAGUUUUGAUCUCCGAAUGCAAAUGAACGGACUCCAGAGGAGGAAAUGUCAUUCUUAUACGAGGCUC